CAAAGCACCUUUGACCACCAACGCGAUGAGCAACCAUGCCGUACGACGAACACAGCGGUCAAGUAUUCAGCGAAACGAUCGUCAGCGCUCCUCGACGUUUGAUCAAGACCACACAGAGCCAGAAAAGGCUUAGAUCCCAACCACACGCACACGGCGCUCGUAGUCUUCGCAAAAUCGCCCUACAGACCACUCUACGCAAUGUCAGAGGCAUUACAGUCGAAGUCUUGCAAUGUCUGGACGUUCUCAUGGUCGAGCAACUUUGGACGGCGAUCCAGAACGCGUGAGUAAAGAUCGGCUGGUGUCAUCAGGUCAAUACACGAGGAAUUAUCGAGCAUCUUCUAUUUUAUUGAUUGUAAGAACCAUCUUCUAAUUUCCCCG